AUGGCGACUCUGACAGUCGACGAGGUAGAGCUCACCCCUGAGGUCCUGGAGCGCUUUGAACCGCAAUUGCGAACCAGGAAAUGGGACGACUUCGAACUACCAGACGGUCCCUUGCCCACCCUCCAAAGGUUUGCAAGACAUGGAGGUCCGGAUCUCAGCGAUCUGCGAUUUGACAACUACGCCCCCAACUCUCGGGAGAAGGCUCCAAUCGGCAGAGCUGGACCAUCCAGCGUUCGCUUCGAGGGCUUCCUCACGGAGCACAACAUCCUGCCGCUAGGGGAGGAUCCCGAGGGCGAGCCGCUGAAGACCCACGAUCUGGACAUGAUGGAGACUUGGGUCAAAGACACCCUGACCAAGACCGUUGUGCCUGACAUCACAGUAUCCAGGGAAGGCUUCCUCCUCUUCCGGCAGCUCGGCGCAAACCUGCUGCCACUCAACGUCUGGCAGGGCGUCUCCCACCACCUCUGCCUCCCAAGAUUCGCCGACAACCAGCCAUCCCUCCAGACGGCCGAGCGCCUCCAGUUCAGCCCCGGGGCGUCAAUGACGGACCAGCAGACGGACCCCCUGGAGGCGAGGUUCUGCGACGGCACCAGCUUCAGCUACCUGGCCCUCGGCGUCCACCGCCAGCUCGGCGCCCUCAUCGACCCGAGCACCAACCUCGAGGGCCCCAUCGCCCCCAACUUCUUCCUCGAGACGCAGACCCCCUCGGAGCGGCCGGCGAUCCUCAGGAACAAGGCCCGGCUCGCGGGCGCGUACGGCGCGAGGGCCAUCUACACCCUGCGCAGGCACGUCGGCGAUGACCGUGACGAUUCCUUCCGGGACGGCAACGAGCUGCUCGCCUUCACGGCCACCUUCGCGGACAACGCGCUCAAGCUGUACGGGCACACGGCGGAGUCGCUGGACAGCGGCAGGCUGCUGUUCCGCAUGCGCCUCAUCGCGUCCUUCGCCACGGACUCGGACGUCGAGACGCUGCAGAAGGCGUUCCAGUUCGUUUGGAGGCUCAGGGUCGAGGCCACGAGGCUGCGGAUGGCGGCGAUCGACCCCGUCAACAGGCGGGACAGGGACGACGAUAUCAAUAGACAUUCUUUUUUCUACUUUGGGUACGAUGGGCUAAACGAUGAUGACGACCAGGCGCCUUGA